AAUAACUUAAAUGUAAAAAAAGAAAAAAAGAAAAAAAAUUUACUAUCAAUCCAAAUUUCCAUUCUCAAAUCCCAGGGGACCAGAAAGCAACAUUUUCAAAACAUUAAUGGAGAAAUAGGCUCUUCCUUCAUGUGUUGAAGCAAGUAUCAAUAAUCAUUUCCUCGUCUUUUACACGCAUAUAAACUAUAAACUUACCAUGCUUCUUCUUCUAACCUCCCCAAAAAUUCUGGGUUGGUUAAAACCCUAAUGGACUUAACUUUCACCCACCAACAAGACACCGAACCAAUUCCACUUACAAAUCAUUCCCCCACCCGCUCCGAUUGCUUCAACCCAUUUUCCAAUUUGGGCUACUGGGUUUCCAAGUCCGCUCGAAAAUUGUGCCAGAAGGCUCGAUUCUCAACUGGGUUUUGCUGCAGAGGGCUGGAAUACAGGGGAAUGGUGGUGAAUAACUCUGCGUUUCUGGAAGUGGUUGCUAUGGAAAUUGAAGGGAAGGAAGAGAAAUGCGAUGUGUUUGGGAAUUCCCAGAAGGUGUUUGAUGAAAACACUGGUUCAACUUCAAGUUCUGAUUUGUUGACAUCUAAGGAAACAGGGGAGAUGGAGGAACAGAGGAUGCAAGAUGAAGAGUCGUCUUCUUCUUCUUCUUCUUCUUCAUCAGCAGCUUCAAUGGGAUGGCCUCUUCACAAAACGGGGGGUGAAGGUGAAGAAGGAGUGGAGAGAGAAAUAUCUACUGAUUCAGAAACAGAGAUGAUGAAAGAGAGGUUUUCAAAGCUGUUGCUGGGUGAAGAUAUGUCAGGGUGUGGAAAUGGAGUCUCUACUGCUUUGGCUAUAUCCAAUGCCAUUACCAAUCUCUGUGGCAGUGUAUUUGGACAAUUAUGGAGAUUAGAACCUUUAGAGGCAGAGAGAAAAGCAAUGUGGGAAAGAGAGAUGGAACUGUUGCUGUGUGUUAGCAAUCACAUUGUCGAAUUGAUUCCUAUUUGGCAGACAUUCCCAGACGGAACCAAACUCGAGGUUCAAUUCAAUUCAAUUCAAUUCAUUACCAAAUUCAGUUUUCCUCUCUACCUUCAAUUCUUUCAUGUUCUUCUUUCUUUGGCUCAUCAUCAUCAGAUCAUGACUUGCCGCCCCCGUUCAGAUCUUUACGUCAAUCUCCCAGCUCUUCGUAAAUUAGACCACAUGCUCCUUGGUAUAUUAGACAGUUUUGUUGAUUCAGAGUUCUGGUACGUUGAUCAAGGGAUUCUUGCUGCUGAUCAGGUCGAUGCCUCUUCCUCUUUCCGUAAAGUUCUCGAACGUCAAGACGAAAAGUGGUGGCUCCCCAUCCCCAGAGUCCCCAAUGGAGGCCUCUCUGAAUCUUCAACAAGACAGCUACACCACAAGCGAGACUGCACUAACCAAAUUCUCAAAGCUGCCAUGGCUAUCAACUCUCUUACCUUGGCUGAAAUGGAUAUCCCUAUUUCAUAUUUGGAGUCUCUUCCAAAGAACGGAAGAGCUAGCUUGGGAGAAGCGAUUUACAAGCACAUUUCUUCAGAUGAAUUUUCCCCUGUUUGGUUGUUGGAAUGUCUUGACAUAUCCUCAGAACACCAAGCCAUAGAGAUAGCUAACCGAGUUGAGGGAGCAAUGUAUGUAUGGCGCAAAGGAAUAGCCUCCAAUAAUUCAAAAUCGUCUUGGGAAAUGCUCAAAGAACUGGUGAUUGAUGGAGAUAAGAUCGAAGUAUUAGCAGAAAGAGCAGAGUUAGUACUGCUUUGCCUUAAGCAACGGUUUCCUAAUCUCCCUCAAACAAGCCUGGACAUGAGCAAAAUCCAAUACAACAAGGAUGUUGGGAAGGCUAUUUUAGAGAGCUAUUCGAGAGUGCUGGAGAGCUUGGCGUAUAACAUUGUGGCUCGCAUCGAGGACUUGCUUUAUGUGAAUGAAAUGACAAAGCAUUCAGAUCAAAUUCCAGGGAUUUCCCAACUGGGAAUUGUCGCUCAUAAUAGCAGUAAUCGAAUACAAAUCUCAGUGCCAUUUUCCAGUUCCCCUUACACCACAAAAUUCAUAAAUCCCAGUUUUUCUACUGUGGACCUCGUUGGAACAAGGUCGCUUAUUCCCAAAGCUCCCCAAUGUGGUCUUGAAGAAUCUAAGAAAUCUGAGUUCAGCAAACCACAAGAUUUGAUGGACUGACCAUAAUAAGGUUCCUUGUAGAAUUACAGGGUACAAAUAUGUAACACAAUCUUUUACUUGUAUACAAAGGUUAAGGGGAAAUAAAUUUUCCCCACUAUAAACCAAGCAUAAGAUAUAACCGUCAAGUCGUUGUAGUAUAGUGGUAAGUAUUCCCGCCUGUCACGCGGGUGACCCGGGUUCGAUCCCCGGCAACGGCGAGUUCUUCUUUAAAUUAUGUUUGAGGGAGACGGGUUCGAUCUCCGGUAACGUUAAAAAUAUUUUAAUUUCCUUUU